AUGACUGGACAAUUAAGGACCUCCUUUCUCUUCCCUCUUCUCUUCACCAGCUUCGUAAAUCCUGAUCCCAAGGCCAAGAUGAAAAUGAAUUGCUACAAAGAUGUGAAAGACACAAUCUAUGACUAUGAUGCUAUCACCCUCAAUGGAAAGGAGCUUAUUCAUUUCAAGAAGUAUGCUGGCAAGCACGUCCUCUUUGUCAACGUGGCCACCUAUUGUGGUCUGACAGCUCAAUAUUCUGAACUAAAUGCUCUUCAAGAGGAGAUGAAGCCCUUUGGCCUGGUUAUUUUGGGUUUUCCUUGCAACCAAUUUGGAAAGCAAGAACCAGGCGAGAAUUCAGAGAUCCUCCCUGGACUCCAGUAUGUUCGCCCAGGCGGUGGAUUUGUACCUAAUUUCCACCUUUUUGAAAAAGGGGAUGUGAAUGGUGAACAAGAACAGAAAAUCUUCACAUUCUUGAAGCGUUCCUGUCCUCACCCUUCUGAGAUUUUGGGCUCAAGCAGACAAAUCUUCUGGGAGCCAGUGAAGGUCCAUGACAUACGCUGGAACUUUGAGAAGUUCCUGGUAGGACCAGAUGGAGUCCCUGUCAUGCGCUGGCACCAUCGGGCUCCAGUCAGCACCAUCAAGGCAGACAUCAUGGAGUACCUGAAGAAAAUGAGAAAUGAAUAG